AUGGACGACCAAGUUGUUAAGACAGCAGAAACCCUUGUUAUGAAUCUAAUUCAUCACGAGAUAGUCACUGUUGAAAAACUUAAGAAGCUUAACAACAAGACUGUGGUAUUUGAACGCGUUAACUACUCCGGAAUAGAUAUAGUUCCAUUGAUUAAAUAUCAUAUUGAAACAAAGAAAGCUACAGGAACAACUUUUAUGAUCUUAACGGGUGACGAAAUUCUCAUCAGUCAGAUAUUACUCAACUUUAAACUUGCGUUUGGUGAAUACAGAAGUGCUUUGGAUGAUGUUAAUGAGAGGUUUAUUCCUGGAUCCUCUAAGUUCUCCAUCCCAAUCAACAACGAGUCUAGAAUCCAAGUGUAUGCAAUCGAGGCAUCACAAGAUGGUUUUUAUAAAAUAAUAGUGAGACCAGUGUCAGAAGUCUCUAGAUUAUGA